AUGGGUAAAACAAGAAAUGAUGAAGUACCGAUGCUACAUUCACAAUCACCAUCCAGUUCCAAGAAUGCAUUUAUCUCGAGCCCUGUCAAUUCCAUGGAAUCCAAGGGAACAGUAAUUGAUGGUGUAGACCAUACAGGAUCCUUAAAUAUUGAUAGCAAAAGCCCUUUCACACCUGCAUGUGUUCCAUUCCAGCAGUUUACAAAUUGCAAUGAUUCUCAUUGCACAUUUUGCAAACCACUUCACAAUUUGAGAUCAGCUCAACGGAGAAACUACGUAGCUUCAAGUUUGUUUGAUCACAAGCUCCAUAAUAUUUUGUAUGAUGAUGCUAAAGGAUGGUUUAAAAGAACUUGUUCUUUUCUGCAUCCAUAUAUUCUCGGAGUUGUGAACCCUGAUGCUAAAGCUGUACGAAGAUGGAACAAGUUCUUUGUCAUAUCUUGCAUGGUGGCAGUUUUUGUAGAUCCGUUAUUUUUCUUCUUGUUAUCUGCACAACAGGAUGAGAAGUGCAUAUCUGUUGACUGGGUUUUUGUCAUACUAUUAGUGUUUUUCCGAACUCUAACAGACUUCAUAUACCUAUUGCACAUGCUUCUCCAGUUUAGGUUGGCUUACGUAGCUCCUGGGUCCAGAGUGGUUGGUACAGGAGAGAUAGUGGACAAACCAUAUAAAAUCGCUCUCAACUAUCUUCAUGGAAAAUUUUUAGUCGACUUAAUUGUUGUUUUACCGCUUCCUCAAAUGAUAAUGUUGUCAAUUGUUCCUUUGCGAUCAUUUCAAGCAAAUGAAACAAAGAAUCUUCUCCGUCUGGCAGUUUUUUUUCAAUACUUUCCCAGGUUGUAUAGGGUUCUGCCCCUGCUUGCUGGUCAAUCACCAAAUGGCUUCUUCGUAUUUGAGUCAGCUUGGACAAAUUUUGUUAUAAACACUCUCACUUUCUUGUUGGUUGGCCAUGUAAUUGGGUCAUGCUGGUACCUCCUCGGCUUACAGAGGGUUAACCAAUGUCUUCGAGACGCCUGCCACAACACUAAUUCGCAGUCAUGCGUGAGUUUAAUAGAUUGUUGGCAUGCUCAGUCUCUUCCAGAGGAGGAGUUAAAUAAAUGGAGAAAAAAUGAGAAGGCUACCGAUUGUUUUAACGCUGAAGGAGAUUUCUCUUAUGGAAUCUAUACUCCAGUUGUCCAUCUCACUACGGGAGAUAUCAUGACUAAAUAUUUAUACUCACUUUUUUGGGGGUUUCAGCAAAUCAGCACUUUGGCAGGAAAUCAAACUCCAAGCUAUUUCAAUGGAGAAAUUAUCUUUACCAUGGUAAUUAUUGGACUGGGACUCAUCUUGUUUGCUCUUUUGAUUGGAAAUAUGCAGAAUUUUCUUCAGUCUCUUGGACGAAGGAGGUUUGAUAUGUUAUUACGGAGUCGUGAUGUUGAGCAGUGGAUGCGUUAUAGGAACUUGCCAGAAGAGCUUAGAAGGCAAGUAAGAAAUGCUGAACGGUAUAAUUGGUCUGCCACACAAGGUGUAAAUGAAGAAUUAAUUCUGGAAAAUUUGCCUGAACACCUUCAGAGAAAUAUAAGACGCCAUCUUUUCGAAUUUGUGAAGAAAGUUCGGAUCUUUGCUCUGAUGGAUGAUCCUAUCUUAGAUGCGAUUUGUGAGAAACUGAAACAAAAAACAUACAUUGAAGGAAACGAAAUUUUGUAUCCUGGAGGUAUGGUUGAGAAUAUGGUGUUUAUUGUUCGUGGAAAGAUGGAGAGCAUUGGGGAAGAUGGGACUAUUGAUGACACAUUAAAGGAAGGUGAUGUUUGUGGUGAGGAACUUCUCAGAUGGUGUCUUGAGUCUUCUGUAAACAAUGAUGGGAAAAAUGUCAGAAUCACUGGUCGGAGAUUGCUCAGCAACAGAUUGGUGAGGUGCUUAACAAACGUGGAAGCAUUUCAACUCCGAGCUGCAGACCUUGAACAGUUCACGGCACGUUUUGCAAGAUACUUGCGUAAUCCACGUGUGCAAGGAGCCAUAAGGUAUGAAUCUCCAUAUUGGAGAGGGCUUGCUGCAAAGCGAAUUCAAGUAGCAUGGAGGUAUAGGCAAAAGCGUCUAAAUCGUGCAAGCCCACAGAGUUACCCACGAAGCCCUUACUCCGAUCAAAGUGCAGCUGACUUCUUGAGAUCAACUUAUCGCCCACAUAGUUGGGGACUUGGAAAUGAUGCUAGGGAGCGGGAACGCUGGGGCCUUUUCUGA